CAUCGGUGUCUGUCAACGACAUCAUCAUCGACAACCUUCUCCUAAUCCAGUAGAGCGUAUUGCGCACACUCGUUAGUAACGUAUAAUUGUAAUCGAAAGGAAAGGGUAAGUGCCUAACCGAGUGAUCGCAGGUACUAGGUACAAAAUUCCCACGCCGUUAGGUAUUUCCUGCCAUAAGAUUCGAGAUGUCAAGCCCAACUAAAAAGCGGAAGUUGAAUAGCGGUAACCCAAAAUCAUCCGGCUUACCUUCGAGAGGACUUGAGUACUUUUUCUCCAAACAGAAAGAAAGCAAGAGUCCCAAUGGCAAAAUACCAGAUGAUAAAAAGUCAGACGGCGAAGCUCCGAACCAGGAUCAGGUGAUGACGGAUGAGGAGUUCGCGCGGAAACUCCAAGCGGAAUGGGAUAAGGAGGCCGAAUCUGUGGGGCGCGUCUCCGGAUCUCCAGCCGUGGCGGCGGUCUCUGAUCCACCCAAGUCUGACGAGAAUUUUGAAGCUAUUCAUGUUCCGCUCACAUCGUCAGAUCCAUUAGUAGGGCCGAAAAAGGGAGAAAUCAAAAGUAAAGGCACAUUGUCGUUACAGUCUGUUACGGCCUCUGUGGAUACAGUUUCUGAAAACAUACCGUUUGACGAAAGUCCACUUACAUUUGAUCCUUCAAAAUACAUACCACAGCUUCAGGAGCACUGGGCCAGUGAUGGUGGGAACGCGUCAUAUGCCCUUCUGACGCGUUGUUUCGUACUCAUUAAUAGCACAUCUAGCCGAAUUAAGAUAGUAGAUACCCUCGUCAAUUGCCUCCGCGUACUCAUAGAAGGGGAUCCUGAGAGCUUACUACCAGCUGUUUGGCUUGCCACGAACUCAAUAUCACCACCGUAUAUCUCAUUAGAACUCGGCCUAGGAGGCUCAGCCAUCUCCAAGGCCCUAAAAAAUGUCUGCGGCUUAGAUAGCCGGUCUCUGAAGGCCAUCUAUGACAAAUACGGCGAUGCGGGAGACGUCGCAUUCGAAGCAAAAAAGAAGCAGAGCUUCACGUUGCGGAAGCCGAAACCUCUUACUAUAAAAGGCGUCUAUCAGUCUCUAGUAAAGGUGGCUAAUAGUCAAGGCCAAGGUAGCGGUGAGGCAAAACAACGAAUCGUGGAUCGCCUACUUCAGGAGGCUCGGGGUGGCGAAGAGAGCCGAUACGUUGUCCGUACGCUAUGUCAGCAUCUACGUAUCGGAGCGGUGAAAACCACGAUGCUGAUCGCCUUAUCGCGCUCAUUUCUCCUCUCGAGGCCGCCCGGCGCAGAAUUUCCCCUGAAAUCCGCCGACGAGCUCAAGGUGUUGAAAAAGGAAGAGCUCGCAGAAUUGUGGGGCAAAGCUGAAGAGAUCGUCAAAGCUUGCUUCGCAAGGCGUCCCAAUUAUAACGAUAUCAUCCCUACUAUGCUCCAGAUAGGCGUCUGCGAUGAAUUAUUAGCGAGAUGCGAUCUCACAUUGCACAUACCUUUGAUGCCGAUGCUGGGGAGCAUCACGCGGGAUCUGUCUGAGAUGCUUACGAAGCUACAAGGAAGGGAUUUCGCGUGCGAGUUUAAAUAUGACGGUCAGCGAGCACAGGUACACUGCGACGAGAAAGGAAAGGUGUCAAUACUUUCUCGGCAUCUGGAAGUCAUGACUGAUAAAUACCCAGACUUGGUGGAGUUGGUGCCGAAGCUGCGUGGGGAAGACGUCAGGAGUUUUAUCAUGGAGGGCGAGGUGGUCGCGGUGGACCGCGAAACAGGAGAAUUGAAAAACUUUCAAACACUCACCAACAGAGCCCGGAAGGAUGUUGCCAUCGGUAGCAUCAAAAUCGACGUAUGUCUGUUCGCGUUCGAUUUGAUGUAUCUAAACGGCCAGCCGCUACUGGACCGACCCUUUCGUGAACGGCGAUCACUAUUACGAUCCCUCUUCACGGAAAUACCGCACCAUUUUACCUGGGUAAAGAGUCUUGACGCUACAUCGCAGGACUCCGAGGCUGUGCUGGAUUUCUUCAAGCAGGCUAUAGAGAGUAAAUGCGAGGGUAUCAUGGUCAAGAUUCUUGACAAUAUGCCCGAUCUCCCGGCACCUAGUGGCACGAUAGAAGAUUCUGAUCGGGUGGCGGAGGAAGUAGAAGAGGGCGAGACGCUUGCAUUACCAGCCAAAACGAGAGGAAAGAAGGGUAAAGGAAAGGGGUUCAAUAAUGGGGACACAGAGAAGAAACCAUCCUCGCGGCGGAAACCGCUUCUCGCCACUUACGAGCCUGACAAACGGCUAGAUUCGUGGCUUAAAGUCAAGAAGGACUACAGCAGUUCAUUCGACACGCUAGAUCUUGUACCGGUAGCCGGAUGGCACGGCCAGGGCCGCAAGGCGAAGUGGUGGUCGCCUAUGCUCAUGGCUGUUCGAAACGACGCAACCGGGACCCUGGACGUCGUCUGCAAAUGCAUGUCUGGUUUCACCGACGCGUUCUAUAAAGCCAACAAGAAAUUCUACGACGACGGUUCCGGCGAAGAGCCGCCUGAUUCUAACGACUCGAAGCAAGGUGAAGAGGAAGAAGGCAAAGACAACGGCGAGGCGAAUGUGGACGAGAAUGACUCGAGGAGGUAUAAAAAUGUCCGCAAGACAAAGCCUAGCUUUGUGGAGUACUCUGGUCCGGAGCCAGAUGUCUGGUUUGAACCGCAGGAAGUAUGGGAGAUGGCCUUUGCCGACAUUACAUUAUCUCCGACGUAUACAGCAGCUAUCGGACUAGCCAGCCAGGAGCGAGGGCUUAGUUUACGGUUCCCGCGAUUUCUAAGAAAGCGCGAGGAUAAGGGGAUAGAAGAGGCUAGCAGCAGCGAGUUUCUCGCCGCGUUGUAUAGAAAACAGGAGGCUAAGGCGCCGGUUAAGGAGGAGGUCGAACAAGGCGAUAAAAAUGAAUUAUAGAUUUUUGUUCAGAUUUGAAUGGCUAAUAUAGGAGAUAUAGGCAGCUCUUGUCUGUUCCUAAAACAGGUCCCCUAGGUAAUUAUGAUCCUAAUUACUCUUUCCAUGCCUUGUACACGAUGCGAGCGCCGAAUUUCUCACCCUUCUUUAGAAGCUGCUGACUCCGCCAAUCAUUGACAUUAAUAGCAUUUACAAACCGGCUGGGUUCAACGCAGAAGCCGCUGCGCGGCCCCCGUGCGGGAGCUCCGCCUACGGCCGGCACAUCGAUCCACUUGCCGGUAUAGAACUGAAAUGCGGGCUCUGUGCUAAGAACUUCUAGGUGAAUCUUGCU